AUGUCCUACUCCACAAACAUUUCAGGGGGUAUUCAACAACCCCGAGAAUAUGACAUUGUUUUGCUCGGUGCUACUGGUUUCACAGGCAGGUUUAGCGCUGUUCAUCUUUCCCAGGCCGCCAAGGGACGUAAAUGGGCUAUUUCUGGUCGAUCAAGUAAGAAGUUAACCAAGCUCGCUGGAGACCUUGGGUGCGGUGUUCAAGGCGGCCCGGAUACAAUACCUGUUGAUUUUACAGAAGAGUCGUUGGGUGCGUUGGCCCGACGAACCAAGUGCCUGAUUGCGACGGUUGGGCCAUUUCCAAUUCUUGGUGUGCUUCCGUUCAAGGCCUGUGCCGAAAACGGAACCCACUACGUCGAUGUAAACGGCGAGACUUCCUCGGUUCUUGACAUGAUCAGGGCUUACCAUUCUGUUGCUAAAUCAACUGGAGCAGUCAUGAUACCCUCAUGCGGAGUUGGUAGUCUACCAGCAGAUAUACUCACUUACCUCAUGGUACAAAGCAUUAGAGAAAAGUUCAACACACCGACUUCGGCCGUCCUCUUUUCGAUUCAUAAGUCAAGAGUCCAAGCAAGUGGCGGGACUUUAAACAGUCUGGUGACUUCUGCUUCAUUGUCCGGCCUCAAGGAUAUGUUGGCAUCUAGGAAGCCUUGGGAAUUGUCUCCGGUACAGCCGACAACAGAUCGAAGGACGCAGAGCAGAGAGGUCACUAAAGAAACCAUCAAUCGUCUUGGGCUUGGCACUCUAGGGUUUGGAAUGUCGACAACACAUGAUGAAGCAUUGGUACAAAGAACAUGGGGCUUGUUCCAACAAGGAGAAAGUAGCGGCCUUGGAAUUUUGUCGUAUGGGCCAAAUUUCAACUUCAAGAGUGUCCAGAGAUAUCAGUCUCGAUUUCACGGUUGGGCAUUCUUGGCCCUUGUUUGGGCCAUGACGAUCCUACCUGCCGUGUUUCCACCCCUGCGUUGGCUCGUACGAUAUUUUGUUCCGCCAGGCACGGGACCAACGGAAGAAGAACGAAGGAAAAACUUUCUGGAGUACCGAGGUGUGGCGAUUGCAGAUUUUGAUGAACAUUCCUUGAGUGGCCUUCCACCAACAACUUCGCAGAUGGGAGUGCAGGCAACGAUGAGAUACGACGGUGACUCUUAUGUGUUCUCAGGCGUCUUGGCGGCUGAAGUCGCCAUGGCUCUACUGGAUCUUACGACAGAGACUGCUGCGCACAAGUUAGGAGGUGGUGUUUUGACAGCAGCAGUGUUGGGUCAACCUCUGGUUGACCGGCUCAUAAAAGUGGGCACAAAGUUGGAUGUUAGUGAGCUGUGA